AGCGUGUGCAAAAUUUCAUCCUAAUCAAAGUGGGUCAAAUUAAGAUUCUAAGAUUUUCUUACAUAUUCAUAGUUACAAGUGAAGCUAAUAUAAAGCGUGUAAAAAACAUAUUAAUUUUUUUGUAGAUUCCAUCCAUGGAAAACGACAUGUAUAAAACUAAAUACGAUUGGCAGUAUGUUACAAAAAAUGACGGUAUCAAACAUCAAGGGUUAAAAGAUGGUGUAGUGCAGUGGACUAGAGGAAAAAUGCUCGGUGGAUGUAGCUCCAUUAAUAACAUGUUUUAUGUUAGAGGACAAGAUCAGGACUUUCAAACUUGGUAUGAUGAAGGUAAUCCAAGCUGGACACCGGAGAACGUAAAUGCAUAUUUCAGAAAGGCAGAAAACUUUCAAGACAUGAAACUCAACAGAAAAUUCGACAUACAUGAAACCUACGGACAUGACGGUCCACUGAUUAUAAAUACUUUUAAUUCAACAGAUGCAGAACUAGCUGAAAGAGUUUUAGAUUCAUGGGAGCAUCUUGGAAUGAAAAGAGUGCCUGAUAUAAACGUAGCCGAAUUCAAAGGUUAUGGAUUAUGUGCCAUAUCAAGAGCGAAUGCUGCAAAUGGUUCAAGACAAAGUACUUACAAAACCUAUUUAAAACCAGCACUCCGUAGACGAAAUGUUAAAGUUUUAACGAACGCUUUCGUCACAAAAAUUCUAAUAAACGAUAACGCACAAGCCUAUGGUGUCGAGGUUGAUGUAAAUGGAAAACAGAAAAUAUUUUUCGCAAAUCUUGAAGUUAUUAUAAGCACUGGAACCAUAAACACGCCUCAACUAUUAAUGUUAUCAGGAAUUGGCCCUGAAGAACAUUUGUUGUCAAAGAAUAUCCCUUGUAAAGUUAAUUUACCAUACGUCGGACAAAACCUACAAGAUCAUUCUUAUAUACUUAUUCCGAUUUAUACGGAUGAACCAGGGCCAGAAAAAUCAUCAGAACGAAUGUUCGAUGUUAUAAAAUACCUUUAUAAUAAAACCGGAUAUUUAGCACAUUCGAAAGUAUUGAACUUAGGCAUUUUCUAUUCUCAGCAUAAAGACAUGAAUUAUCCUGAAUUUCAAAGCGCAGCUAUAGUAUUUAGACCAAAUACAACUACCGCGCAAACAUAUCUUUCCACUAUCAAAGACAAUGUAAAAAAUUCUAUUUUACGAUAUAAUUCGAAAAAAGCAUUAUAUAUGAUCUCAUUUCACGUAUUACAUCCAUUUUCAAGAGGUGUAAUAUAUUUAAAUACAUCAAAUCCAUACGAUCAUCCAAUUAUUGAUGCCAACUAUUAUGGUGACUACAGAGAUCUCGUAUCGUCAGUAUAUGGAGUAAAGGAAAUAAGUAAAUUAGUAAACACUCCAAUUUUUAAAUCGCUGAAUGCUUUUAUUCCCAGAAUUUAUUUGCCACAAUGUAAUGAUUAUGAAUUUUUGAGCGAUACUUUUUGGGAAUGCUACGCAAUACAUUUGACUCAAACGUUGUAUCAUCCAGUAGGUACAGCAAAAAUGGGUCUAGAUCCUAGAAAUUCAGUUGUAAAUAAUUUCUUAAAAGUGCAUGGUGUUAAAAAGUUACGUGUUAUAGAUGCCAGUAUAAUGCCAUACGAAACUAGUGGCAAUACUCAUGCACCAGUUAUCAUGAUCGGAGAAAUGGCUUCCGAUAUGAUUAAGGCAGAAUAUCUUUAGUAAUUGUAAUGAAACAUGACUUCAGUUUUUUUGUGAUAGAUCAUCCAAAAACUACAGCAGUAUUACCGUCAUGCUUAUUUCUGCCACCAAUCAGCAUUGUUUGUAGAGUAUUGUAAUCAGAGGCACAUGAGGCAUAACAUCUACGCAUCUGAUUGAUGAACAAAGGGGCAGAACAUUUGGGUCCCUAGUAUUCCUUUGUGUACUUCCAAGCACCACAGUCUCGAGCCCAAAAUUGUAGACGAGAUGACAUACCUCUGAUAACUAUAUGUUUAGUACACAAAAUAUAUAAAGUACAUCUACUUAUUUACGAACUCACACACACUACACACACAAUUGUAUAUUAUUGUUCCAAUAGCCGUUUUAGUCAAUGGUUUUAUAGCGAAAAGCUUCGACCGACACCCUAAGAAGCUUGAAGCUUGGAUUUAGGAUCGGAUACAGAAGGCAGUGAUUCUUGAGAUAGCGCGUGUUGUGAGGAGAGGAGCUUCCUCACCCUGGAACCCUGGCCAUCGGUUGCUUGGGCACCCCGGUCCCACAGCGAUAGGGUUAAUUUUUUUUAUAAAGUUUUAACCACGUUUUGAAUGAAAUGACGUGAAUGGGACAAAUGAGGAAAAUAAAUGAGGAAAUGAAAUGAUAUAUUCAAUUAAGACUUUAUCCAUAGCUUAAUAUUACCUUUCUUUAUCAUACUAUUUUUAAAUUAAAGAAACCAUACUAGUCAAUUAGAAAUCAUACCUGGUCUUCGCGAUACAGGUCCAGGUGAAACACAGGCUAACGACUUUUUUGGAUUGUAAACCAUUUUUGUAAAUAAAAAUUAGUUUUUAUUGCUUUAAUAAAUGUAUCUAAAACGCCAUUAUUACAAUAGCUCUGUGAUAAACACGAGUUACUCGUAUACCUAGUAAUUGUGUCAAUGCAUUUGAUAAUUAAUAGCAAAGGUUAAUAGUGAUAAUUUGACAAUUUAGUUAAUUUAGUAAUUUAGUUUAACGUACCUAAUUCAUUAUUGAAGGCUGAACGGCUUACGUACGGCUGAAAUAAUUUACAUUUAUUCUCUGUUUUGGUCUAAUCUAAUCUUAUUAGUAUAUAAAUAAUUAAUUAAUCGUUUCUAUGUAAAAAGAGCGUUUCAGUCUUAGCGUGCUGUCAGCCAAUUUAAAAUGGUUUGGUAAGUGAAAUAUUAUAUUUAUAAUUUUUUUUCAGUAUUAUAUUUUAAUAGUUGGGUUUUUUAUUUCUUUUAAUUAUUAUAUUUAUUAAUUAUAUUUCUAUAGGAAUCAUAGUGCAUGUAGUACUACAACGGGAGCUGCGCCACAACUCUUUUCAACAGCUUUGAACUUUUUCGCAGCGACACAG